ACCCAGCAGUCCUACAAGUAAGUGAAUCAUUUCCUUUCAAAUGGAUCAAUAAGAAGUGGAAAGAAGGAUUCCAUGUUACCUCCAUGACCACUGCUGGCAGUCGAUGGGGUGUUGUUAUGUCCAGGAAUGCAGGGUAUUCUGAUCAGGUUGUGGAGCUUGACUACUUGUACCCAAGUGAAGGUAUUCAUCGGCGAUGGGAGAAUGGUUUCCGGAUAACAUCUAUGGCUGCUACUGCUGAUCAGGCAGCCUUCAUUCUUAGCAUACCAAAACGCAAAUUGCUCGAUGAAACUCAAGAGACUCUGCGUACCUCUGCCUUCCCUAGCACCCAUGUGAAGGAAAAAUGGACCAAGAAUCUCUAUAUAGCCUCAAUAUGUUACGGGCGGACUGUUUGUUAGCUGCCAGGGUGUGUACUUGGCAUGUAAAUGACAAAUGAGUCAAAAUUGAGAUGAGAGGGUUUCGAUGAUUGUGAAUUGGAAUGGUGAAGGAAAGCUCCUGGUCUCCCAUGUAAAAUUCUGGCAAGUGUAAAAUAGGAACGAAGAGAACGGGGACAAGAGUGAGAGGAGAGAGCUGGUAUACCCCCAACCAAGCCCAGCCAGUAGGAGAAUAAUUUUGAGUUUAUUUUUCAUUUGAUAGGAGGCAUGGCCAUUUUGUCAAUGUUUUUCACUUCACACAUGCGCUCCAAACAAUUUGCGAAUAUGUCUGUAGUGCUUUCAAAUCUUCCAAAGAGCUGCACGAGCCACGAGCCCAGAAUUUAAUUAAUUGAUGUUAUAUGACCUGUCUGAAUUUGGAACAGUAGUAAUAGGGUAAAAUCUUGAUUCUCGGAUAUGGAGAUAUCAAAUGGCAUGUAUUAAGCUGGUACGGCCGGGA